AUGUUUACGAAGGAUUCUGUUAUGUAUUGCAUCCGACAACUUAUUAUUAUAUUAUUUAUAUUUCAAAUCGCUCUCCCUAAUCUUGCCCACAAGGUUUCAAGGAACCAUUCGAAAAGAGCAGCAAGGACAACUGUUGACUGCGAGGACAAUGAAUGGGAUCAAAUGUUAUGGGAUGCUUUCGACGACGCCAUAUCCGCUGCUGAGUAUGCAAAGGAUCAGCUUGGUUAUUUAAGUAGUUUUCUAGGUUUGUGCGAAGAGCUCAAGCGUGGGAGGAAUUCAGGAAAUACCAAACAAAAGAUGAUUUUAAUGACAUUUGAAUCCAUUUUUGGUCAAGUUUUAUACGACAGAAAAAGCCGUAAUGCAGAUGAGCAGAAUCGAAGGGGACGAGAAAGGGUUGCAGAAAUUUCAGGAUUCGUUACUGGAAUAGGUCAACUUUAUGAUGGUCCUAUUACAUCCUCUCUACAUAUUUUCUGUCAUGAAGAUUUCCUUCAAUACUCUUUUACGGAUAAUGACACCCAUGAUUGGUAUACAGAUACCAGGCCAGCAGCGAAUGGAGGAGGGAGAGUCCUUGAUGCCACCCGUGUAUCUUGUAGCUUUUCCAAUCCCAUUCCAGUGGCUUACUCAUAUAGUAGCGCCGUUGUAACCCACCAUAUGGCGGUAUUCUGUCCAAAUCAAUUUCAGACAUGGGAAGGUUAUGACCGAAUGAGUGUUAUGCAUGACACGCGUGACUGGUAUGGAGAAGCUAUGCAUUUGGACACUAUUGCCAAGCGGUAUAUUUUACAUGCUGUACUUCAUGAACUCUCUCAUUCCGACCAUAUCUUCGGGGUCCCGGGACUCGAGGAUGUCCCAUGCGGGGAGGGGAAUAGGAAUCCUGCAUAUGGAUGGGUAUGCAUCACGCAUCUGGCAUCUAAUAACCCAGAAAGUGCAAUAUUGAAUGCUGAUAGUUUCGCAACCUUCGUGAUGGCAAUGUAUUUGAGUAAUGCUGACUGGCAUACUGGUUGGGCAAUGCCAUUUAACGACAAUGAUGAGAUGGGAGAUUGUUAA